AUGUCAUGCCUAAGUUUGUGGUGUCUGUGGCUCAUAUCAACGUUUCAGCUUGUAUCCGCAACGGCUAGCACUGCUAAGACAACAACUACAGCAAAUUCCAAAACUUCUUUUUCGAAAGAGGACCCGUUUCCUGUGCUAACAGUGGGUAAAGAUGUUAACGGAAACUAUUAUGUGAAUAGUACGUUCGGCACACCUGGUCAACUUCAGCGACUUGAAGUAGAUAUCGUUCAACCAUACCUAAAUGUAGCGUCUGGAACGAAUGAUAGCCGCAGUAAGUUCUCAGAUGUAUGUAAUAGCCAUCCUAGUUACUUCGCAAACGAAUCUACAUCAUCAGUUCCUGUUUCUCCUGGGCAAAUAUAUGAAUUUUCUUUCGUUGACGGUAGAGCCGUUAACUGUACUUUGAUAACAGACGACAUGAACUUUACGGAUAUCUCAUCAGAAAAUUCUUCCGGUACCUUGGUAACAGAAUUACUGAAGACUCGAGGUAAUGUACAAUUCAACUCAGGAAGUCUAUCAAUUUCUAACGUUUCAUUUUUUAGUGUAGAAUCCUCAAAUUUUAAGACAUCAGGUUUGUUAGGGUUGAGCGGUAAGAUCACAAAUCCUGGCUCUGCAGCUGACAGUUCCCAUUAUACAGAACAAUCUUACUUCUUAUCUUUAUUGAAAGAUGUAAACCUCAUUGAAAGUCCGUCAUAUUCAUUGUGGUUGGCUGGGGACACUUCCACAUACCAGACGCAUAGAGAUCCAAUAUACAAUUGUGGAAAGCUGCUUCUUGGGGGAGUUGAUCCUUCACUGUUUACUGGUACGCUGGGAAAAUUUGACCUAAUUCCGUAUGUCGAUCCAGUGAGUAGUGCGGUGAGUACUGGAUAUCCAAUCGUGCCAUUAGGUCCGAUUUAUAUUGUGUCGAAUAGUGGACAAAGCUUGAACAUGACUUCGAAGGACUUUUUAAGCCCAGCUUUACUAGAUUCCACUUCUUCUGUUAGUUAUCUGCCAACUAAUACAAUCAUUCAGAUCGCCGUUCAAAUUGCGGCUACUUAUGUGGAAUCCCUAGACAGGUGGCUAGUCCAAUGUUCUAUGGCCAAUAUGGGUGUCUCCCUUGGUUUUACACUCCGAGAAUUGGUAAUUGAAAUUCCGUUGCGUGAUUUAUUAUCGUCUACUUACGACACAUCCACCAACUCUUCGAUGUUUUUCAGUUCGGGCCAAGAAGCUUGUUUUCUGACGCUAUAUGCUAAUACCAAUACGGGAUUAAACAUACUAGGAGAAGCGUUUAUGAAAAACAUAUAUAUGGCAAUGGACUUAGAGGAUAACACUAUAGCGAUUGCGCAGGCAAAGAAGAUUGAAGAUGAUGCAGUUAAUGAUGAUGCAAAUGAAACUAAUGCAUCCACUGUUAUCAAGAAGAUUAAAUCCGGAUAUAUCCCUUACGCAAGAAUGAUGAAUAGUAGCAGUACAAGAAACUUGACGCUCUAUCCAUCCCAUAGGUCGGGUUAUAUGCUCACUGUUCCUGGCCAAUUAACAGCAGCAUACUCAAACGGUGUGAUUACAGGUGCAGGUCGGUCAUUUUAUGACACUUCAAGAACAACUACGAGUCCUAGAACAUCUAGUAGUCAAUUUGACAGUUUUUCUGUGUCAGCCUCAGAAGAGUUGUCAAAUACGAGUAAUAGAACUAGCAGUGCAUCAGGAGCGGGCAUCCGCUUGAGCAAUCCAUAUACACUACAUGAUAGUCCAGCUGGGUUUGUAACCCGUGCAGCAUCGUUGUUACUACUAUCGACGUGUUUGAUACUGAUACUGUUUUAA